GUUAUGAUUCCCCUCUGAGUCUUUUAUCCGAUGUCCAGUGUGCUCUAUUUUCUGGUAAACUAGAUUGUGAAGGAAGAUCAGAAUGGAUGCACUUGAUCACAUGCUGACCGACCCCCUAGACUCGGGGGAGGGCAGUGAUGGGCGCAUCACUGAAGAGUGCAUGUUGGGAAACUGUCAAGUGAGUCUUCCAGAAGACCUGCUUGAGGAUCCUGAAAUAUUCUUCUCUGUGCUGAGUGAAAGCACCUGGUCUGAAGUACUGACAGAUGACCAGAGGCAACAUCUCCGUCAACUGUUACCACACUUUCAAGAAGACAACACUUGUGAGCAGGACAGCACCAUCAGCAAACUCUUCAACAAACAGAACUUCUGCUUCGGAAACCCCUUGCACCUUGCACAGAAACUGUUCCAAGAUGGCCAUUUCAAUCCAGAAGUGGUUAAGUACAGACAACUGUGUGCCAAGUCCCAGAAAAAACGCCAGCUGAACUCAUUGCAGCAGUACUACCACAAACUCCUUAAACAGAUCCUGGUCUCUAGAAAGGAACUGCUAGAGUUGGCUGUCCGCAGUGGCCCUGACAUUGCGGUGAACAGAAAGUAUCCCACCCAGACACAUGGUGAGGUGCAGGAACAGAGGGUCAGAGGAAGAGUGUGCCGGAUACUGAGGGAAGUUAAAACUGAGUGUGGAGACAGCAAUGCCUCAUCUGACGAUGAUGAUACAGCCUCUUGGCUGCCAACACCUCAAUCUCCUUCCUCUCCAACGCCCACAGUCUCUGUCAGGGUUUUGCCCAGUCUCUCCACCCAGGACAUGAAGACCACCGAUAAGCAAGAACUGGGAGAGAAGGACAUGAGAGCCAUGCUACGGAGACAUAGAGAGAAGAGGAGACGACAACCGGAUCAUCCAGACUUGAUGACUUCUGACAUCCGCCUGGGUGACAUGAUGUCUAGAGUGAACAUAGGUCGUAAAGGCUCCAUGAUGACACUGUUUGACCUGGCUCUGCCCAAGAGGAAGAUGAGGGAGGAGAGGAGAAAGAAGAAGAUGAGGACAAUUAAAGUGGAGUCUGAGGAUCCCUGUGAGGCUCUGAUGCCUUCAGAAGCCCCAGCUCCAUCAGUUAACAUCACAGCUACUCUGCCUGAGACCCCAGUCACUCCACUGCCCAGUGUCAAGGAAGAGCCGAUGGAGGAGGUGCAGAACAGCCCUGUCAUGGUGGAGGAGAUCGCAGUGAGCUUCUUCAACCUGCUGGAGAACAUCCUAAAACUAGACGGCCUCGCCAGCACCACCAUGUUGGAGGAGAAGGUCCAACAGUGGCAGACAUCUCCAGCUAGUUCCCUGAACCCCUGGUUCUCCUCGGCCUCCUGCUGGUCAGAGAUGGUGCUGCCGGCCCUGCACUUCCUGGCUGGGGAGACUAAAGUCGGUAUGUUGGUUCUUCCCAGUGGCUUCACUCCCUAUGUGGCAUUCAGGGAAAACUCACAGCGAUGGAAAUGGAUUGGUCCCAGUCAGGAUGGAGAGAAGGAUUUGAGUGCUCUGUGUCAGCUGUGGGUCGACUCCAAGGACUUGGUUGUGGUCAAGACAGAAUGUGAAGAACUAACAGAGAUGACUUCUCCCACCCCUAGAGUUUGGACUGACUUCGUGGUGCGGCCCAGCACUGGAGACGAGAGGCAUGUUUUCCAAGUGCAGGAACAGCAGCGGUAUGACCAGCCACACAAAGCCUUCACCUUCAGAAUGCAUGGCUUUGAGUCUGUGGUGGGGCCUGUUAAGGGGGUCUUUGACAAGGAGAUGUCUCUCAACAAAGCCAGAGAACACACUCUGCUGCGCUCCGACCGCCCAGCUUAUGUCACCAUCCUCUCCUUGGUGCGGGACGCAGCAGCCCGGCUGCCCAACGGAGAGGGGACCAGAGCUGAGAUCUGUGAGCUGCUCAAGGACUCUCAAUUCCUGGCACCAGAUGUCACCAGUGCUCAGGUGAACACGGUUGUGAGUGGGGCUCUGGACAGGCUGCACUAUGAGAAGGACCCCUGUGUGAAGUAUGACAUCGGCCGCAAGCUGUGGAUCUACCUGCACCGUGACCGCGGUCAGGAGGAGUUUGAGAGGAUUCACCAGGCUCAAGCUGCUGCUGCCAAGGCCAGAAAGGCUCUGCAGCAGAAACCUAAACCUGCGUCUAAGCCUAAGUCUGGAAGUAGAGGGGGUGGUAAGACCCCUGGAGGCCUGGAUGCAAGUGAUGUGGGGGGUCCCAUGUCCCCAACUCCAACCACCCCCACUACCAGCACGCCUGGAACCCCCAAAUCACCCCUCGCCCCUGUAGCCACAACCCCCACCAAAGCUGGGAUCCCAGAUUCAGUCAAGACCAGUCCUGGUGUUCUAUUGGUGUCUCCUCCCCCCAUGCCCCAGCUGGGGACCCUGUUGUCCAGCAGCCAGUCUGGCCCCCAGGUCUCUCAGCCAGCUCCCUCCCAACACACAGCCAGGGUAGUGGGCCACCAGUCCGGCACUCUCCCACAGGUACGAGUGGUUUCUUCCCAGACAGCAGGAGGACAGCAUGCCACGCUGGUGCACCAAACCCCUCAUCAAAUCAGAGUGCCAGUCACCAUGGGAACCAAGGGCAUCACACAGGCUGUGGUGUCAUUACCACUGAGGACCCAGUCUGCUGGUAGCCCCAUCCAGGUGCAGGCAUCCAGAGGGCAGACAACCCUGUCAGUGUCAGGCCUGACCACUGCUGUUACUGUACUCAAACCUCAGACUGCAUCCCCUGGCAGCCCAGCACACCACCCUACCUCCCCCGCUAUCCGACAGGGAGUCACCAGCCAGAACAUCAUCAAACAGGUGGCUAUCACAGGCCAGUUGGGCAUAAAGUCUCAAGGUAGACCGGGUCUUCCAAUAACGACUACCAAUCUUCGCAUCCAGGGCAAGGAUGUGCUCCGCCUGCCCCCCUCCUCCAUCACCACAGACUCUAAAGGACAGACGGUGCUGCGGAUCACUCCUGACAUGAUGGCCACCCUAACUAAGUCCCCUCUCACCACCGUCAAACUCACCCCCGACAUGUUAGGCACUGCCACUACCAAGAGCAUAUCUGCUACUCUCCAUGUAGCCCCACCCCACUCCACCUCCAGCCCAGCCUCCUCCUCGGGUGAAGUCCGGACCAGCAAGGCCUCUGCUGGCACCACCACCCUGUUGAAGGCUGCAGGGGACACUAUCCGCCUGAUGCCCACCCUAGCAGUCACUAUGGCCGAGCAGAAGACCAGAACCUUCUCCACCGUCUCCUCGUCUGACUCGAAGAGUGGCACCACCAUACGGAUCAUGCCCGGCCUCGGGGUCAUCCCACAUAAACAGGGCCAAACCAUCACCAUGACAACCACCACUGGCAGCAAACCAGUCUCCACUGGAGCCGCCACUGUCACCAUAGCCACCAGCGGACUGGCCGGUGCUAAAGGGGUGACGGUGGGAUCUUCUGCCUCAGGCUCCCUGACUCUGGGAACAGCCACAGCUACUGUCCGCCAGGUCCCCGUCACAGCCACAGUGGUGUCCACACAACCAGGGAAGUUACCAGCUCGGUUCACAGUGCCUCUGUCUGUCCUCAGCCAACCACUGAAAAGUAAGAGUGUGAUGACCACGCCCAUACUGAAAGGAAACCUCAGUACCAAUAUCAGCAGUCUCGGGAGGAACAUCAUCCUCACCACCAUGCCUGCCGGUACCAAGCUGAUAGCUGGGAACAAGCCAGUCAGCUUUGUCACGGCUCAACAGUUACAGCAGCUGCAGCAGCAGGGACAGGCCACACAGGUGCGGAUCCAGACGGUGCCAGCCCAGCAGCUCCAGCAGCGCUCUGCAGCAGGCUCCCCCAAGUCAAUGUCCACUGUCGUAGUCACCACCGCACCCUCACCCAAACGGGCCCCGGACCCGCCACCACCAGCACAGUGACGCGUAUUCCCUAAGCCAGCUACUGCUCUGUGGAGUGCCACCGCUCCAGAGGCAGGUGAUGCUUAGGAGCCACAGCCCAACUCUGCUCUCUCAAUGUUUAGGAUGGAUGUCUGGAGAUGAACACAGGAGUAAUCUGGCAGCAGAUGAACAUAGGAGUAAUCCCAGGACAGCAUAUCACUAGACCAUUUAUAGACAGUGGUUUCACCUGACAUGUCUGUUGUGCAAGGCUAAGUUUCAGCAGCACUAAUGAAAUAGCCUGCAUUUAGGGAGUAAAUGUUAUUUAUGAUAAGGGUUACAUGGAGAAAAUUGGACCACUUUGAAAUGAAAAUGUAUGGCCCUCCCUUCAGCAAAAAUAUAUUUGACCUAAACCCUCCCUGAACACACAAUAAUAAUAAACCUAAGUGGAUAGCAGAGUACGUCUAGCGUUUAGCCUCACUUCUGGGACAGACCAGAGCCUUACAUGUGCAGUUUUACAAACUUCUUCGUCCUGUAAGCAUUACAUGGUAACAAAUGACUUUUGAGUGCACACAUGGCUGAGGCUAGAAGGUUGUGGGUUCGCAGACCAAUGUGAACAAGAGUAGGGGUAGAAAGAUCUCCUUUAUAGUAAAAGCAUUGCAUGAAUCUAUUAUCAUGUCAUGCAGUUCUACUUACAUCUACUUACAUAUUAGAAUAUUUUUUUAAUGCUGCACAAAUGACCAAACGAAGGGACUGAGAGAGAGGCCUAUCUGUUCAUCUUGUCAUAUUUCUCUACUGUCAAAUCAGUGUGUCUUGUUUGCAACAACACUGGCCCUGUUUGCAAAUAAUUAAAUCUGAGAUGUUAUGAAUCUGAACAUGGUACUUUCAAAAGUUAGGCCCUACCUUUUCCACCCCAGACAGAGUAGGCCUACCUUUUCCACCCCAGACACAGUAGGCCUACCUUUCCACCCCAGACAGAGUAGGCCUACCUUUCCACCCCAGACAGAGUAGGACUACCUUUCCACCCAGACAGAGUAGGCCUAACUUUCCACCCCAGACAGAGUAGGCCUAACUUUCCACCCCAGACAGAGUAGGCCUAACUUUCCACCCCAGACAGAGUAGGCCUAACUUUCCACCCCAGACAGAGUAGGCCUACCUUUCCACCCCAGACUGAGUAGGCCUACCUUUCCACCCCAGACUGAGUAGGCCUACCUUUCCACCCCAGACAGAGUAGGCCUACCUUUCCACCCCAGACAGAGUAGGCCUACCUUUCCACCCCAGACAGAGUAGGCCUACCUUUCCACCCCAGACUGAGUAGGCCUACCUUUCCACCCCAGACUGAGUAGGCCUACCUUUCCACCCCAGACAGAGUAGGCCUACCUUUCCACCACAGACAGAGUAGGCCUACCUUUCCACCCCAGACAGAGUAGGCCUACCUUUCCACCCCAGACAGAGUAGGCCUACCUUUCCACCCCAGACAGAGUAGGCCUACCUUUCCACCCCAGACAGAGUAGGCCUACCUUUCCACCCCAGACAGAGUAGGCCUACCUUUCCACCCAGACAGAGUAGGCCUACCUUUCCACCCCAGACAGAGUAGGCCUACCUUUCCACCCCAGACAGAGUAGACCUACCUUUCCACCCCAGACAGAGUAGGCCUACUGACACAGAAAAAUGUAAGCUUUGACUGCUGGCUACUCUUCCUCCAUGGCUUAACCCAGUGAGAGAAGGUCGUAAGUGCUUCCCUCAAAGCUGUCUGAGUUUAAACAUAUUUUAUUGUACAGAAAGUGAAUAGCUCAAUCAAUUGAUAGUGACAGAAUUAGAUUGCUUCCCAAGCAAAGUGUUUUUUUUGUCUUCUCGGAUAUAAGAGGUUGUAGAUCAGCCUCUCAAUGUCAAAGAAAGGAAACAAUGAUACAGAUUGUUUCUAGCAUAAAGCAUCGCGGACGAAAGUGAUUUUAUAGAUCACCCUAUAUAAUCAGAUCCAUUCUAUUUUCUUCAACAUCUUAAGAUAACAAGGGGUAAGGCUGUGCUUUUUGCCGUUCUCUUUAGCAAAAGUAGGCAUAUGACAUAACAUAGCAGCCUAAUUUCUUCUGUCAGACAGGUAGGCCUACCUCUUAAAUAAGAAGAUACAGGCUCCAACACAAAGCCCUCUUGUUAGUAAAGUCUAAUAAAAAAUGAAUAUGGUUCAAAUGAACUAUGACUACUUUCAGCACCAUGAGCUGUUUCUGAUUGUGCCGUGGCUGCUGCUUCAAGUCUCAGCACCACAAUGUAAGUUGCUGGAACCUGGCUUAUUAUUUACCUCUGGUAAAUAGGCCUACAUAAUGGGAAAGAAACAUCGUUUUUAAUCAAAUCUAUUAUAAUAGCAAGCUAUCAAAGUUUACCUCCGAUCCUACUCAUCUUCACGCUCUCCUUCUCAAACUGAACUGAACAUGGGCAAGAUAGUCCAUGUUUUGGACUAGGCCUAAUAAAAUAUUAUUUUUGGAAGAAGCCUUUGAGUCUCCUCCUGAACUACCAACAUAGGCCUACACAGCACAGCAUUGGUUAGGCAGUACACAAAAAAAGGUUUUGAUCAGCAAGAGCCGAGCAGGCCGGGGCCCAGGGUUGGAAUGUCCCUUGCGGUGUGUAAUGCAGCCUAUUUUUAUUGACACCAUCCCGGCAGCUAUCUUAGAAAUAUAACUUUGUUCUGUGCUUCUCUGAGGAUGCACUUCGUAGCCUAUAGCAGGGAUCAUCAACUAGAUUCAGCCGCGGGACAAUAUUUUUCUGGAGCAGAUGGUCAGAACAUAAUUACAAAUCAUUUGUAGACUGCAAAUUGACCACAAGAAGCCCAAACGGAUAUAAUGUUUGACUAAAACAUAAUCAUUUCAAACCAUACUUACAUUUGUAUAUGAUCACGUGUCUAUUAUGCGUGGAAAUACUUGGGAACAGAUUUCUUAAAUUAAAACCACUUGGAGCUGAUUUACUGGUGUCUUUACAGUCUUAUGUCCAACAAUGAAAAUUCCACACGCAAAAGAAAACUUGUGGGACCAAAUAAAAUGUGGCCCGCGGGCCGCCAGCUGGAGAACCCUGGCCUAUAGGGUAUGGGUCAUUUGAUUGAGACCAUACUAAAUAGCUUAUAAGGGCACUCAAAUAGCAUGCCCAGUGGAGAAUCAUAGAUGAGGGGUGGCAUCGGGCACACAUCAAGCAUCUCCUUAUAAGCAACUAAUUCUAAAACACUGAGAAAUAUAGAAAUUUCAUCAAUUACAAAUUAUGAUGCUCCCCUGGACUAGAUAGAAAAAAAAUACUAAACACUCCUCUUGAAUAAAAUUGACUAGGCAUGACCCUCCUUCAUUUUCCUCCAGGCACCCAUUUAUGUCAAUUUCAAUCCAUCCUUACUGUAAGCUUUCUUACAGUAGGUGUCUAAGCUUUCUUACAGUAGGUGUCAGGCAAGGCUCGGUCAACAGCUUGUACAUGUCACUAUGCAAACUAGACAAACUAGCCUAGUUUUUACUAAUGGUAAACAGACAAAGUGUAUUUUCAUCUUACUCAUUGAUCUUUAUAAACAAAUUCAAAUUGAUUGCUAUUUAUUUCUAUCCAAUUUAAAGCCAGAAUGGUAUGAUGUCUUAUCCAGUAAGCAGAUACAUUGUUCUAGGUAUCCUUCAUCUCUAAGUCUAUGGAGGGCCUUAUCAUUGCAAUUACUGACGAUUUGAAUGCAAAGUUUGUGGUUCCAUCUUUAAGACAUGGUAUAAAAAUAUGAUCGCAGUGUAACCUCUCUUGACAUCCUUGUCAGUGAUUUGUCGUUGUUCAUUUCAUGAUGAUUCUGGUUGUAAUAUAGUGUUCUUUAUUUCUGUGGUUGUGAAAGUAGAAGUAUUUCAUACCUAAAAAAUAAAUAACUACAGUACAAUGAA